AUGCCCAUCAGUGCCGCACAACCACAAUGCUCGGCGGCGCCGCCGCUGCGACGUGUGGUUGCGGCAGUGGGGAAGCGCGGCGGCGGUGGCGGCGGCGGCGCCAAGCGGCGCGGUAGAGAGAAGCAGCAGCAGCAGCAGCAGGCCGCGGCGCCGCCGCGCAGCAAGACCCUGCACAUGGCGGAGUGCAAGGCCGACGAGAUCCUGUGCUUUGACCCGGUGCCGGCAGCACGCGGCGCGCUGCAGGUGCUGUACGCCUACCCCAACACCUACAGCGUGGGCAUCACCUCCCUGGGCUACCAGCUGGUCAUCGCCUCGGUGCGCACCAACACGGUCACCCCGCAGCUGGCGGCGGCGCUGAGCAGCAGGGGCACUCGCUCGCUGACUGUGGCUGUGGAGAGCGGCAGCCAGCGGGUGCGGGACAUAGUGAACAAGAAGCUGGCAACAGAGGAGAUUGUACAGUGCGCGCGCAAUGCCCAGGAGGGGGGGCUGGAGGGGCUGAAGCUGUACGGCAUGGUGGGAGUGCCUGGGGAGCAGGAGGAAGACGUGGAUGCCACGAUAACGAUGAUGCAGCAGCUGCGCAGGGAGGCGCCCAAGCUCAGGCUGACGCUGGGGUGCAGCACGUUUGUGCCCAAGGCCCACACGCCGUUCCAGUGGUAUGGCGUGAGCAGCGAGGGGGACAGGCGGCUGAAGCGGCUGGAGAAGGCGCUGGGGCGGGAGGGGGUGGAGUUCCGCCCCGAGAGCUACAAGUGGAGCGUGGUGCAGGCGCUGCUGUCGCGCGGCGACCGGCGGCUCAGCCGCCUGCUGCUGCUGGUGCGGCAGUACGGAGACAGCCUGGGCAGCUUCCGCCGGGCCUUCAAGGAGCUGCAGGGCGAGCUGCCGCCCAUGGAGCAUUAUGUCAGCUCCAACUACGACCCAGCUGCCACAGUGCUGCCCUGGAGCCACCUGCACGGCCCGCUGCCGCUCGCCACGCUGGUGAAGCAUCAGGAGGAGGCGCAGCGGCACAUGUAG